AUGAGUCAGUGUUGGAGAACCUGUUGUGUGCUCAGGUGUUUCAUGUCUGAUAACAGUAGUCCUAGUCCGUCGUCCACCACCCCUCUCCUCGUCAGUACUCCCCCCAGGAGCAGGUCUAACACACCCCCCGGCCCUGUGGAUGCAUCCAAGCAAAGAGACGUACUGGAGGGGGAGGGGGAGGGGGAGAAGUGUCCAUGGACAUUAAUAACAUUGGCAGCACGUCCAAUAUCGUGGGUACGAAGUUUGUUCACUUCAGCAACUGAGGUUAGAGGUACUUCAGCAACUGAGGUUAGAGGUACUUCAGCAACUGAGGUUAGAGAUCGUGCUUACUGGGAGGGCCUGUUACAAGAUGACAAGAGAAAGCAAUACACAUGCCGUGGUUACGUUACUCUUGAGGACAUUACACCGUGGCAGCAACAACUGGACAUACAAGUUACACUGAGAGGCCCCUCCCGCUUUGCUCCUGACUCCACCCUCAAUAGCAAGGUCUCCUUGUGGCGAGGAGACAUUACUAGUCUAGAGAUUGGUGCUAUAGUGAAUGCUGCAAACUCCUCCCUCAUGGGAGGGGGCGGUGUGGAUGGGGCCAUUCAUAGAGCAGCCUCCGGGUCAUUGAAGACAGAGUGUCGCAGUCUAAGGGGAGGCAGAGCAGGGGAGACCAAGAUCACUGGAGGGCAUAGGUUGCCAGCUCAGUAUAUCCUCCACACUGUUGGCCCCACGAACAGGAGCAGAGAGACACUCACGAACUGUUACACGUCUUGUUUUCAUCUGGUGAAACAGAAACAGAUCAAAUCAGUGGCAUUUUGUUGCAUAGCCACUGGAGUCUAUGGGUAUCCUAACGAGGAUGCUGCCCAUGUUGCCCUGGCAACAACGAGAGAAUGGCUAGUACAUAAUGCUGACAAGGUGGAUCGAGUCAUCUUCUGUGUUUUCCUAGAGGUAGACUACAGGAUAUAUAGCAGGCUACUUCAUGAUUACUUCCCACGAGAACAACUGGAGGCAGCAAAUGAGGAAUCUAGUGUUGAUGAGGUAGCAAUUGAAGAGGCUGAUUUUGAGGAGGCAGCAAAGAAAGAGGCUGGUGUUGUGGUGGCAGCAAACAAUGAAAUGGAUGACCCUUGGCCUCCACCACUGAAUCGCAGUAUAACUGAACCUACAGGAACUCAGUCGAUGAUCACGAAGGAGACCAGUGUGGACUCCCCUCAGCCAAUGGACACUCGCAACAGUUGCCCCACCCCUGAUCCGACCUCUGACCCCACCCCUGAUCCUAAAAAGCAGAGGACUGAUCAGACUGACUAACUCUCUUAAUGACAUUAAUAUACAUAUAAUUUUAUAUACGUUGUGUUCUUACGUUAUAUUUCCCAUGCAUUAUAUUACCCUGUCCCAUCCCACUGUUUUAUAUUGAACAAGUUGAUUGA